CGGGUCAGAGGCAAACACAAAACCCUAAGCAAGAUUAGGGUUUCAGAGAGAACUGUACGCGUUAUAUUUAGGGUUUCGUUUGGUCGAUCCCCCGCCGCGCGAGCUGUUCCUGGUCGGCUAGGCCGUGGUUCCCGCUCCUGAUCUCUCGUUCGCAAUGGCUUCCGAGAAGAAGCUGUCGAACCCGAUGAGGGAGAUCAAGGUCCAGAAGCUCGUCCUCAACAUCUCGGUCGGGGAGAGCGGCGAUCGUCUCACCAGGGCCGCUAAGGUUCUGGAGCAGCUGAGUGGACAGACACCAGUUUUCUCUAAGGCGAGGUACACUGUCCGGUCCUUUGGAAUCAGGCGUAAUGAGAAGAUCGCGUGCUAUGUCACGGUCAGAGGUGACAAGGCAAUGCAACUUCUGGAAAGUGGACUAAAAGUGAAGGAAUACGAGCUGUUGAGGAGAAAUUUCAGUGACACUGGCUGCUUCGGUUUUGGAAUUCAAGAGCAUAUUGAUCUUGGAAUUAAGUAUGACCCCUCAACUGGUAUCUAUGGUAUGGAUUUCUUUGUUGUCUUGGAGCGUGCUGGUUAUCGUGUGAGCCGUCGUCGCAGAUGCAAGUCCCGUGUUGGCAUUCAGCACCGCGUCACCAAGGAGGAUGCAAUGAAGUGGUUCCAAGUGAAAUAUGAGGGUGUCAUCCUCAACAAGUCUCAGACAACCACGGGUUAGGGUUUGGUACAACUGAAACUUUGAACUUGUUCUAAGCCAAAUUAGCUCUCAUCUGUUUUUUUUUCUUUUUCAUUGUUCCAAUUUUGUGUUUGGAGAAAAUUUUAUGCUAUUUCCUAUAUGUUGCUGUUAGUGUUGAAAUUGGUCAUAGACCCACGGAAUCAUACUUAGGUUUUUACGAAAUACAUGGCAGUCUUGACAAUUGGACUGCGUAGCUUAAUCUCAA